UUUUUUAUAUAUGUCCCUGCACAUGUCUUAUCACUUGUUUAGUAAUCACUUUAUAACACAAUAAAAACAAAAAAAAAGUAAAGGAGUUUUACAACACAAUGUGAUUCAUAGUUGUGGCUUUAGCUCUUAUAGUUUCGGAUACAUAACAACCGGAUUUCCAACAUCUGUAUUCCCGACAAUUACGCACGAUAAUGUCCACCACAAUCUCAUCUCUAGUCAUCUGUUGGUACCCAGGAACAUCCGGAAGCAGACAGGAGCCUCUGACUCUGCACGGAGGGGUGGAUGAAACUCUCUCUCUAUAUCUCUCUCUCUCUCUCUCUCUCUCUCAGUCUCUCUCUCUCUCUCUCUCAGUCUGUUGAAAUCGUGGAAAUUACCAGAUGUGCGCUGGAGAAGCGUCCAAACGCCUUAAACGGACGGACAGAUUUACUUUAAACAACAUUUUAUACACUCUGAGGCUCUUUCGCGCUAUUUUUUAUUGUUCACCUGUCGAGGAUGGAAAACUGAUGGCCUUCCUCAUGCUGGAGGCUAGCUGUUCACUCUGAAGACGCAGGAUGAAAAGAUGGCACAGCUGCUUGUACGACCAGGUCCAGACAGCUUCCGCCCCUUUAGUCGUGAGUCCCUCAAGGCCAUCGAGAGACGCAUCGCCGAGGAGAACGCCGAGAACGCCAAGAAGCCCAAGGGAGAGAAGAGAAAACGCAAUGAUGAAAAUGAGCCCAAGCCCAGCCGUGACCUGGAGGCGGGCAAACCAAUCCCUCUUCUGUAUGGGGACACUCCUAAAGGCAUGGUGUCGACACCGCUGGAGGACAUGGAUCCCUUCUACUGUAAUCAGAAAACUUUCAUAGUAGUAAACAAAGGGAAUUUCAUCUUCCGCUUCAACGCCGCUCCUGCCUUGUACCUCCUGAGCCCCUUCAACCUUCUUAGAAGAAUAUCAAUUAUGAUUUUGGUACACUCGUUGUUCAGUAUGGUGAUCAUGUGCACUAUCCUCGCCAACUGUGCAUUUAUGACGCUGAGUGGACCGCCUGACUGGGCAAAGAAUGUAGAGUACAUGUUCACCGCCAUCUAUACCCUUGAAUCCCUCAUUAAAAUAUUAGCUCGAGGGUUCUGCAUAGGGAAGUUUACAUUUCUAAGAGAUCCCUGGAACUGGCUGGAUUUCUGUGUCAUUGUCAUGGCGUAUGCAACAGAGGUUUUUAGCCUUGGCAAUUUCUCAGCUCUUCGCACAUUCAGAGUGCUGAGAGCUUUUAAAGCUAUUUCAGUUAUCCCAGGCCUGAAGACCAUCGUUGGUGCGUUGUUCCAGUCAGUGAAGAAGCUUGCCGAUGUGAUGAUUCUCACCGUCUUCUGCUUGAGCGUCUUCGCCCUCAUAGGGUUACAACUGUUCAUGGGCCAUUUAAAGCAAAAGUGUGUCAGAAAUCUGAAUGAUACAUUACUUAAUGUGACCAACAUAAAUGGAACACGCGACAAUGUAACGAUCGACACGUAUUGGCACAACCACACGAGCAAUGAAGAAAAUUAUUAUUACCUCCCAGACAGAAAAGACCCAUUGCUUUGUGGAAACGGCAGUGCAGCUGGGCAGUGUCCAGAGGGGUUCAGGUGCCUCAGAGUGGGAAGGAACCCAGACUACGAUUACACCAGUUUUGACUCGUUUGGUUGGGCCUUCCUCUCUCUGUUUAGACUGAUGACACAGGAUUACUGGGAAAACCUUUACCAGCAGACGUUGCGGGCAGCUGGGAAGCCCUACAUGAUCUUCUUUGUGCUGGUGAUAUUCCUCGGCUCCUUCUACCUGGUCAACCUGAUCUUGGCUGUAGUAGCUAUGGCCUACGAGGAGCAGAGCCAGGUCACCAUGAGAGAGGAGGAAGAGAAGGACGCAGAGUUUAAGGCCAUGCUGGAGCAGCUGAAACAGCAGCAAGAGGACGCUCAGGCAGCAGCGACUGCCGCCGCUGCAGAGAGUGGGGAGGCCAGCGAUGCUGCCUUUGCCCCUGAGAGCUCCUCUGAAACCUCCAAGCCCAGCACCAAAAGUGCCAAAGAGAAACGCAACAGGCGAAGAAAAAGGAAGGAGGACGGCAAAGGGGCUGACGAGAAGGUUCCCAAAUCCGAGUCGCAGGACAGUAUGAAGAAAGCUCGCUGCCGCUUCUCUGUGGAUCCAAACCAGCUCAACUAUGACAUGAAAGGCUCAUCUGUGCAUCAGUCCUUUCUGAGUUUUCGUGGACCCCUGUUCUCAUCCAGACGGAACAGCAGGACCAGCGUUUUCAGUUUCCGAGGCCAAGCGCAGGACGUGGGCUCAGAAAACGAGUUUGCCGAUGACGAGAACAGCAUUUUUGAAGACAACCUGAGUCGGGCGGGCUCUUUGUUUCUACCGCGGAGUCGUGAUCGGCGCAGCAGCAGUAUGAGCCAGUGCAGCUUCUUGCCUCAUCCCCUACUUCCACGCAAUGGGAUCAAGCACAGCUCUGUAGACUGCAAUGGCGUUGUGUCUCUAGUGGGUGGGAACUCACUCCCAACGUCACCAAUGGGGCUCCUUCUGCCUAAAGUGACGGUAGAUAUGGCCUCCACCGGAGACAAUGCUGACACCACUGACACAGAGUAUGGACAGGUCGGUGGAGGACAGGAGUUUAUGGACUUCCUCGACGGCCCAGAGACCAGACAGAGAGUUCACAGUAUAGCUAGUGUCAUAACCAGCACUAUGGAGGAGCUUGAAGAGUCGAGGCAGAAGUGUCCUCCUGGCUGGUACGAUUUUGCCCACACCUUCCUCAUCUGGGAAUGUCCAAGAUGGAUGAGGAUCAAGAGGGUGGUUAAACUAAUUGUGAUGGAUCCAUUUGCGGACCUAAGCAUCACCAUGUGCAUUGUACUCAACACACUGUUUAUGGCCAUGGAGCAUUACCCAGUAAGCGACGGUUUCACCAGAAUGCUGUAUGUGGGCAACGUGGUAUUCACUAGCAUCUUCACGGCUGAAAUGGUCCUCAAGAUCCUUGCUUUGGACCCGUACUAUUACUUCCAGGAGAGAUGGAAUAUUUUUGAUGCAAUCAUUGUCAGUUUAAGCUUGAUGGAACUUUGCUUGGAAAAACUGGGCGGCAUGGCUGUUCUGAGAUCAUUCAGAUUGCUGAGAGUUUUCAAACUGGCUAAAUCGUGGCCCACUCUUAACACACUGAUCAAAAUAAUUGGUAAUUCAGUGGGGGCUUUGGGCAACCUGACGCUGGUGCUGGCCAUUAUCGUCUUCAUCUUUGCUGUGGUGGGCAUGCAGCUGUUUGGGAAAAAAUACAAGGACUGUGUGUGUAAAAUCUCUUCCGAUUGCACUCUACCCCGUUGGCACAUGAGUGACUUCUUCCAUUCAUUCCUCAUUGUCUUCCGCGUGCUAUGUGGAGAGUGGAUAGAGACCAUGUGGGACUGUAUGGAGGUGGCUGGGACGCACAUGUGCAUCAUUGUCUACAUGAUGGUCAUGGUUAUUGGAAACCUUGUGGUGCUGAACCUGUUCCUGGCCCUGCUGCUGAGUUCGUUCAGUGCCGACAACCUGGCUCGGAAUGAAAACAAAGACGACAACGAAACGAACAAUUUGCAGCUUGCAAUUGGACGGAUUCACAAUGGCAUUGCCUUCAUCAAGUCCCGGCUUCGAAGCAGCUGCAACAGCGCCUGUCUCAGGAGGAGGAAGAAAGGGAAGGGCGAGGACAAAACUCUGGACGAGCUUCACAAACCUUUAGGGCCGAACGGCGUCCCCAACCAUACAAUCAAAGAAUUUUCUAAAAAUGGGAAUGGGGAUGUGACUGGAGUGGACAAAACUGGAGACAAGUACAUAGUCAGCAGCAAGAGCGAUGAUUCGAUAAUGUCUUUCAUCAACAAUCCCAGUCUGACUGUCACUGUUCCUAUUGCUGUGGGAGAGUCCGACUUUGAAAACCUCAACACGGAGGACUUCAGCAGCCUCUCGUCCGAUUUAGCAGGAUGCCAUGUGAUUGUAGACGACGAUGGCCAGUCCAGCUCCUCUGAGGGCAGCACAAUCGACUGUUUGCCAGGCGGGGAAGGAGGAGAGUCUGUAGACUUUGAAUUGGAAGAAAUUAUGGAACCUGACGCCUGCUUUCCUGAAGGCUGUGUGCAAAAGUUCAAGUGUUGUCAGGUAAACGUGGAAGUGGGCUGGUGGAAGGUGUGGUGGACGCUUAGAAAGACCUGCUUCCGGAUCGUGGAGCACAACUGGUUUGAGAGCUUCAUCAUCUUCAUGAUCCUGCUCAGCAGCGGAGCCCUGGCAUUUGAGGACGUCUACAUUGAGCAGAGGAAGGUCGUUAAAACGAUAUUGGAGUUUGCAGACAAAAUCUUCACCUACAUCUUCAUUCUGGAAAUGUUACUGAAGUGGGUGGCGUAUGGAUAUGCCAAGUAUUUUACAAAUGCCUGGUGCUGGUUGGACUUCCUCAUUGUUGAUGUCUCACUGGUCAGUCUGACAGCCAAUGCCAUGGGAUAUGCUGAACUCGGUGCCAUCAAGUCUCUGAGAACCCUGCGAGCUCUGAGGCCACUGAGGGCCCUGUCACGAUUCGAAGGCAUGAGGGUGGUUGUCAAUGCCCUACUUGGAGCCAUUCCCUCCAUCUUCAAUGUGCUGCUGGUGUGUCUCAUCUUCUGGCUCGUCUUCAGCAUCAUGGGAGUCAACUUAUUUGCGGGGAAGUACGGCAAAUGUGUCAACAUAAGCUCAAAUACGGAUUUCACUUUGGAUGAGGUGAAAAACAUUUCAGACUGUAAGAUAUUGGGCAAUGAGACUGCUCGCUGGAAGACCGUCAAAAUCAACUUUGACAAUGUUGGCUUGGGUUACCUUGCACUGCUGCAAGUGGCUACAUUCAAGGGCUGGAUGGACAUCAUGUAUGCUGCUGUGGACUCUCAAGCCAAGCAAGACCAACAACCAGAAUAUGAGAUCAACCUGAAGAUGUACAUGUAUUUUGUUAUUUUCAUCAUAUUUGGAGCCUUCUUCACACUCAAUCUCUUUAUUGGUGUCAUCAUAGACAAUUUCAAUCAGCAAAAGAAAAAGUUUGGAGGUCAGGACAUCUUCAUGACAGAAGAACAGAAGAAAUACUACAAUGCCAUGAAAAAGCUGGGGUCAAAGAAACCCCAAAAGCCUAUUCCUAGACCAUCAAACAAACUUCAAGGAUUAGUCUUUGACUUAAUUACAAAACAAGCAUUCGAUAUUGCAGUAAUGGUUCUGAUAUGGCUUAAUAUGGUCACCAUGAUGGUGGAAACUGAAGAACAGACAAAAGAAACGAUCGACAUUCUCUACAAGAUUAAUUUGAUAUUCAUUGUCCUCUUCACUGGAGAGUGCUUGUUGAAAAUGAUCGCACUUCGCCAAUAUUUUUUCACAAAUGGUUGGAAUGUAUUUGAUUUCAUCGUCGUUGUCCUGUCAAUCAUCGGCAUGUUUCUCUCAGAGCUGAUAGAGAAGUAUUUUGUUUCGCCGACCUUGUUCAGAGUCAUCCGAUUGGCCCGGAUCGGCCGCGUACUCCGCCUUAUUAAAAGUGCCAAAGGAAUUCGCACUCUCCUGUUUGCCUUGAUGAUGUCACUUCCUGCCUUGUUCAACAUCGGCCUCUUACUCUUCUUGGUGAUGUUUAUCUAUGCCAUCUUUGGCAUGUCAAAUUUUGCUUACGUCAAGAGGGAAGCAGGCAUCGAUGACCUUUUCAACUUUGAGACGUUUGGCAACAGCAUGAUCUGUUUGUUCCAGAUCACCACCUCCGCAGGUUGGGACCGCCUACUCGAUCCCAUUCUCAACAAACACGGAUAUGAUUGUAACGACACCACGGAGCAUCCUGGCAGUAAGGUCAUGGGAAACUGUGGGAAUCCUCCUGUGGGGAUUGCCUUCUUUGUAAGCUACAUCAUCAUCUGUUUCCUUGUUGUGAUAAAUAUGUACAUUGCAGUCAUCCUAGAGAACUUCAGCGUGGCCACUGAGGAGAGCGCGGACCCACUAAGUGAGGAUGAUUUUGAAACGUUUUAUGAGGUCUGGGAAAGGUUUGAUCCUCGUGCGACGCAGUUCAUGGAGUACUAUAUGCUGUCAGAAUUUGCAGAUGCUCUGGACCCGCCGUUACGCAUAGCCAAGCCUAACAAGAUGGAACUGAUCGCUAUGGAUCUACCAAUGGUGAACGGUGAGCGCAUUCACUGUCUGGACAUCCUGUUUGCAUUCACAAAACGUGUUCUGGGCGAGGGCGGGGAGAUGGACAUCCUAAGGGGGCAGAUGGAGGAGCGCUUCAUGGCCUCCAAUCCUUCCAAAAUGUCCUUCGAACCCAUCACCACCACCCUCCGCCGCAAACAGGAGGACACGUCAGCCACCAUCAUCCAGAGAGCAUACAGAGAGUAUAAGAAACAAGCUGCCAUGAAGCCCUCUGACACAUCCAGUGACAACAUUCAAAAGGAUGAUGAGACACACAUUGACAAAGAGGAUGUUGUCACAGACAAACUCCAAGACAUUUCUAGCGCCGAUAAAAAUGAACUGACACCUUCGGCGUCCCCUCAACCUUCAUUUGCGACAACAAAUGGGAACAACAAAUAUGAAAAAGACAAAAGUGAAAAGGAGGUUGAGGGCAAAGAUGUCGGAGAGCAAUAUCUGUAAAAGAAUGCUGGAGAUGCAACAAAGACAUUUUAAUUAAUGACAAAAUGUUUACAACCUUUGAAAGUGACUAAAAAGACAUCCAUUGGACUCCCUCCCUUAGUAUGGAUAUGUACGCCAAACUGACCAUGCUUACUUGAGUCUAACGGUUAGUGUAAAGUGGCUCAUCCAGGCUGCGUUCAGGAGCGAGGAUGGCUGUUUGUGCUGAAGUGUUCUGAAAGACACAUUAGUUAAUGCUUUAACUUCUAUUGCAGCUAGUUCUGCUAUCCAGUGUCUUGAAUUAUUGUUAUAUCACUGACUGUUGUAUUACUUUACUUACCUUUUUUUCAAGCAGGAAAAAACAAUUUUUACGUUAUUACGUUAAGAAUUCAUAAUUUGGUUAAUUUACUUUUUAUACACUUUUUUUUACUCUUCAAAAGUGGAUAGUCUUUACAACGAGCAGCACUGCUUCAAGGCUGGUCUUACUCACUGAUAGCACUUAGAAUACUUGACAAAUCCAAGAGACCACGUCAGACUUGCUGGAGUUAACUAGAGAUGUAGACCUGCAUGAAUGUUUCUCCAUGAUUAUGCAUGCUAGAGUGUACUAUUUUCAUCACUGCUCUCUCCCUGUCCAUCAGGCUUCAUGGUGCGAAGAAUGUGAGGUGAAAACUGUUACAUGGACAGUCAUUUUUCUUCAUAACACAAAGCCCUGCUUGAUUGCUGUCUAAGCUUUACUUUUCAACCUUUAACUGCAUAUUUUUAUUUGGAAAAGGAUUAUGUUUUUGCGCGCUUUGUAAACUGUUUUGUCACAGUUUACCUCUCAAUCUUUAUCAUGAUAAAUAUCUAAAUUGGAUGAGAGACGGCUCAGAAUAUUCUGAAUGAUUGUCUCAAGGACAUGGCAUCACACAUCUCAUGUUUCCUACUGCUGUUUACAUUUUAUAGUGGCAGUUUGUCAGUUCUUCCCAUUGCUAUGACAACCACUACAUCUGCUGUUCCAUAUUAUAAAUGUAUAAUUCCAUUCAUGUAAGUAUAUUUUGCAUGUAAUUAAAAUGUUCAAUACUUACAAAUAUACUUUAUGCAUAAUGAAAGAAUGUUUUUGAAGACAUAGAAUUUAACAUCUGCCAUCAUUCAUAUGCAUAAUGCUUGUAGUGUAUAAAUAAACUGCAUGCAAGACACUGAUAUAACCUAUUUCACUGAAACGCCAAAAGAAUAAAGAUGACAUGUACC